AUGGCAUCACUUGAUGAGACCGAAGGCGAUAUCUCGCCUGUUGCAGAUUCGCACCAGCUACCACAUAUUUUUAUCAUCGCGGGGCCUUCCGCAACUGGAAAAUCUACCGUCGCUCAAGCGAUAGCUGAGACGUUUGGCCUCCCAAUGGUCGAAGGUGAUGAUUUACACCCUCAAGAGAACAUCGAUAAGAUGAGCCAAGGCCAUCCUCUCACAGACGAUGAUCGAUGGGACUGGCUCAAAACCGUGGCUUCGGUAUCAGUGGAUACCUCUAAACCUCCUACUUCACCUCCACAUGAACUUGGCGGCGAAAGACAGUGUCGUCCGGCAUGUAUAACUACAUGUUCCGCCUUGAAAAGAAAAUACAGAGACCUCCUACGUUCGCAGCUCUCUGGGCUAGAAACUGCUAUUUUGCAUUUCAUUUUCCUGACUGCGUCCGAGGAGGAGCUGCUUAGAAGGAUUGAGGAACGGAAUAACCAUUUUAUGAAGAAGAAUAUGGUACGGUCUCAAAUCGUUACCGCUGAGGUUCCGAGAACUUUGGAGCUAGAUGGAGAAGAGGGAUUCGAAGGAUCUGAUGGGGAUGGUGGAGAUCUUGAAAACGAUUGUACGGUUAUCUGGACUGACAAUCUUUCUCAAGAUGAAGUUGUAGAGAAAGCAGUGGAGGUGGUAAAGCAGUUAAUGCUUUCGGAUAUCGGAACUGAGAUUGAUGGUCUUUGA